UAGAAAUUGAUGAAAUCAAGCAACAAAUAUUUUUUAUCAAAUGGUCAAGUAAUCUAAGGAUAUUAUAUUGAAUCAUUUAUUGGAAAAGGUCAAUUUGGAUAAGUUAAUUUCAUAUAAUAAUUUAGGUUUUCAAAGCAGUAAAAUUAGCCGAUCAAGUAUAAGUAGCAAUUAAGGUUAUCUAAAAAAAGAGAUUUUCAGAAAAUGAUGGAAUUUUAGGACAAUUAGUAUUAUCAGAAAUUAAGGCUCUAUAACUAAUAAAAAGUAAUCAUGUUGUUGGAUUUGUGGAGACAUUUUAAGAUGGCGAAUAUUGUUAUAUAGUAAUGGAAUAUUGUAAUUGUAAAUUAAAUAAAUAUUAUUAUUUUAGCUGGAGACUUAGAACAACAACUAAAGAAUCCUAACUUUAAAUUGACUGAAUAAGAUGCUAAAGGAAUUAUGAAACAAAUAUUAAAGGGAUUGAAAGAUUUGCAUUCAAAAUUUAUUAUUCAUAGAGAUCUUAAAGUUCAAAAUAUAAUGGUUCAUAAUAAUUCAAUUUACAAAAUUGCUGAUUUAGGAUUUUGUAAACUCUUAUAAAAUGCAGUAUUAGAUGAUAAUUAUUAUAGGAUCAAAAAUCAGUAUUAUAAUUGGGAACAUUAUUUACAAUGGCACCAGAAAUAUUUAAUUAAAAUCAAUAUGGAUUAUCAUCAGAUAUGUUUUCUGUUGGAGUCAUAUUUUAUUAGAUUCUAUACAGUAGAUAUCCAUUCAAAUAAAAGGAUUACUUAUCAAAUAGUCAACGUAUGAGAAUUAUAUAUUAUAUAUUAGCAAAUAUUAAUUUUGAAAAGAAUAAAAUUGAAGUUUCAGAUCAAACAAAAGAUCUCUUGAAGAAAAUGCUAUCUUUUGAUCCUAAAACUAGAAUAUCUUUUCAAGAUUUAACACUUCAUCCAGCUUUUGAAAAACCAAUUUUUAGUAUAUAUAUAUAUAUUAAUUUUAUUAGGUUAAAUCAGCAAUAUACAAUUGUAAGCUAAUUUAAUUAAAAUGGAUGACCAUUCAAAUUUUUAUUAGAAAUAGUCAAAAAUAAUAGAAGAAAAAUAAUAAGAGAUUUUAAAUCAAAAAUAAAUAGAAGAAAAAUAAUAAGAUAUUUUAAAUCAAAAAUAAAUAGAAGAAAAAUAAUAAGAUAUUUUGAAUCAAAAAUAAAUAGAACCAAUAAAUCAAAUGGACUCAACAUUAUAGAAAAAAAUUAAAAUUAUUGAAAUAUCAGAAAUAAAUUCUAAUUAUUUAGAAAAUAAAUUAAGUUUAGAAAUAGAAAAAAUUAAUAAAAAGAUAAAUGAAAUGUACUUCUUUUCUAAUACAUUACAAGAAGUUAUUUAUGUUCUUUAAUAACCACAUAUUAUGGAUAUAUUGUGUAUUAAAAUAAAACAAUUAUGUGAAAGUAUUCUCAAAAUGAUUAAGGAGAAUAUGUAACAAUAUAAAAAUCAAAAAUAAUAUCAACAUGAUUAUGAUUUACUUGAAGAAUAGAAUCGUGAAAUGGGUUCAUUUUAUGAAUUAAUUUAAUAUUAAUUGUUAGAUGUCAAAGAUCAAUUAAAAUAAUUUUCAGAAAAAAGUUUAGCUGAAUCUAUAUCCUAACAUAACGAUUAAGAAUAUUUAUUAAAUUAUAGAUUCUCCUAAUUAUUAAAUAGUUAAUUAAAUAAAGACUGUAAAAUUAUAAAUUUUGCAUUCUCUCAUGUAGUUUUAUGUUACUUAUUUUGCAAAACCAAAAAUCCAUAAUUUAUUUAAUUUGAUGAAACUACUUUCGAUUUUAAUAGAUCCACAGAAUAAUUUCCAGAUUCAGUUAAACUUUUAGUAUAAUUAGAAACAAACUCUUCAAUUAAUUUUAAUUAAUAUUAUUGA